AUGACAGAUUUCAUGAUUCUGCUUGUGUGGAUAUAUUCAUUCCUAAGUGUAAUACUAUCAUUUUCAUUCAUCUUCAGUUUGAAGUUUUGUGGAAAUAAUAUUGAAAAUGUGUAUUGUGACCACCAAUUAAUAAUUAGACUUUCAUGUUCACUUUCGGUCCAUAGCUUUUUAUCUGAUAUAUUCUUUCUCAUUGUGAGCUUUUUCAUACCAUGCACUCUCAUUUCAGUGUCUUAUGUGAAGAUCUUGGCAGUUUGUCGAAAAACAUCCACAGAAAACAAGCAGAAAGCUGCGACUACUUGUGCCCCUCAGAUCGUCUCUGUGUCAAACCUGUUUGUUGGCUCAAUUUUUCACUCUAUUGAUUCCAACUUUAUAAUCACUCAGGUACCAAAUGAAGUCCGCAUAAUUUUACCUAUGUAUAUGCUCAUUUUUCAACCAAUGCUCACCCCGUUUCUCUAUGGAUUCAAGUUGCCAAAGAUAAGGCACUCAUGCAAAAGGCUUCUUUUUAAGAGAAAAUCAAUAGCUUUGUUUUAG